AUGCCUUUCGCUGUUGGUGCUUCGGUUACCAAGCAGGACCUUGCGGUCGCUCAGGCUGAGGCGCCUGCGCUUGCCAAGGUCAAAUGGUGGGCCGACCCUGGAAUGCGCGUGCUGUACUUUUACGCCGCGAUUCUUUGUGUUUGCUCUGCUACCACCGGUUACGAUGGUUCCAUGUUGAACACUUCCCAGGCCAUGGACGACUGGCAGGAUUACUUUGGUCACCCCACUGGAUCCAAGCUCGGUAUUCUCAACUCUAUCUACCAGAUUGGUAGUAUUGCCAGUUUCCCAUUCGCGCCUUACAUGGCCGAUCAUUUCGGCCGAAAGAUUCCCAUCGCUGUGGGAUGUCUCAUCAUGAUUCUCGGAGCUUUCCUCUCCGCUUUCACUGACGGCUACGGCAUGUACCUUGGCGGUCGAUUCCUUGUCGGUUUCGGAAACUCCUUGGCACAGCUUUCUUGCCCCGUCCUCCUUACCGAGAUCUGCCAUCCUCAGCAUCGAGCCAUCGUCUCGGCUAUCUACAACUGUUUGUGGAACCUGGGUGCCACCCUCUGCGCUUUCAUCGGUCUUGGCACGAUCAACAUUAACAGCAACUGGUCAUGGCGAUCCAUUACCGUCAUUCAAGCUGUCCCAUCCCUGAUCCAGAUCAGCUUCAUCUGGUGGAUCCCCGAAUCUCCCCGUUGGCUCAUGGCCAACGAGCGUCACGAAGAGGCCCUCGACAUUCUUGCCAAGUACCACGCGAACGGCGACAAGAACAACCAGACCGUGCAGUUCGAGUACAAGGAGAUCAAGGACACCAUUGCCCUUGAGUACCAGGCUCAGAAGACCGGUAGCUACCUCGAUUUCAUCCGAACCCGCGGUAACCGUUACCGUCUCAUGCUCUUGAUCUCUCUGGGUAUCAUCUCGCAGUACUCCGGUAAUGCUCUGAUCAGCAACUACUCCAACAUUAUCUACACGGGUGCUGGUAUCACCGAUCAGGCCGCCAAGACAGGAUUGAACGCUGGAGAGAACAUGCUCAAGCUUUUCGUUGCUAUUGGUUGCUCCAUGGGAAUUGAUAAAUUCGGUCGUCGACCACUCUUCCUGACUGCCACUGUCGGUAUGCUUAUUUUCUUCCUCAUCUGGACCAUCGUCGCCGCUCGAUUCGAAGCCACCGGUGAAGUCGAAAUCAAGAAGCUUGGAUACCCUCAGAUUGCCCUCAUCUGGCUCUUCGACGUCUGUUACUCUAUCGCUUGGUCCGGUCUGAUCGUUGCCUAUGCACUGGAAAUCUGCCCCUUCAGACUCCGUGCUCGAGGUCUCAUGAUCAUGAACUUCUUCAUCCAGGUUGCUCUUACCAUCGGCAACCAGACCAACCCUAUCGCUCUCGAGAACCUUCCCAACAACUGGAACUUCUGGUGCUUCUACACUGUCUGGAUCGCUGUCGAGCUCGUCUUCGUCUUCUUCUUCUACGUCGAAACCAAGGGUCCCACUCUUGAGGAGAUCGCCAGAAUCUUCGAUGGUGACGAUGCCAACGUUGCCAAUGUCCAGCUUGAGGACACUGAGAAGCAGGCUGACAUCGAGCACGUCCAUGAUAAUACUCAGCGCAAGGAACUUUGA